AUGAUGUGGCUAAUUGUCUUCAUCUUUCCAAUACUUGCUCUCUGCCAAGAUCUCGAUGAUCUAGUCAAUCAACAACGUCAUUUAGAGUCCUUUGUCGAACUUCGAGGCGGUUCUUUCUACAUGGGAAUCAAUAAUCCUGACGGAAUUAACAUGGAAUUUCCAGCUCGACUAGCGUAUGUUCGAUCAUUUAGAAUUUUUCAAUAUCCGGUCACUGUUGCAGCAUUUCGUCGUUACACUCAAGACAAACCUCGCCAUCGAACUGAAGCAGAAAAAAAAGGAUAUAGUUUUAUGCUAGGAAAUCCGACGAAGAAAUCUGCUGCAAGUAUCACUCCUGAAGACGAAGGUUUUAUUGCCAUCAAAGACAUUCGAUGGAAUCGCCCUGAAGGUGACAUGACUGAUAUAAGCGAUCGUUUAUCGUAUCCUGUAACUCAUGUAUCCUGGCAUGAUGCUCAAGCAUAUUGCACUUGGAAGGGUAUGAGACUUCCAACUGAAGUUGAAUGGGAAUACGCAGCACGUGGUGGACUAGAUUCCACUGCUUAUCCAUGGGGCGAUGAUUGGGAACUGAAACGAGCAAAUCUAUGGCAGGGCCAUUUCCCUUUCGAAAAUCAAGCACGAGAUGGCUACGAACGUUUAUCGCCAGUGAAUGCUUUUCCUGCACAAAACAAGUAUGAAAUGUAUGAUAUGCUUGGCAAUACGUGGGAAUGGACGUUAACUAAAUAUGAAGAUUACGACAGUGGUGAUGAUCCCGCAGAUCGUUUUACGGUAAAAGGUGGUUCGUUUAGCGACACACGUGAUGGUGAUGGUAAAAUUGAUCAUCUUCAAGUAAGAACAAGUGCGAGAAAAGGCUUUCGUCCUGAUUACAGUGCCGAAAAUCUGUCAUUUCGUUGUGCACAAACAAUCGAAGACGACACAUCACUCGCUGCGGAUCAUCGAGUAAUACGUCUUCGUUCACCGAUUCGUCAUCACAUUCAUGAACCUCACGAACAUACGUAUGGAAAAGAUGAGCUUUAG